GUCUGUCUGGAACUCUUGACAGAACUUGUCUUCACUGGGACUUCUCUUCAUCAUGACUCGGGUUUCUCCGGCCGCCUUGUGUGUGUGGCUGCUGUUUGUGCUGCAGGCUGUUGCUUUGGUGAAGGCCUACAGCAUUUCACCAGUAUAUCUGAUGGAAAAUGUAGACUACACCAAAAUGGAAUAUGUUGCCAAGAUUCAUUCCGAUUAUGAUGAUGGGAAUGGGAAUAUUGAAUACUCUCUAGAAGGCAGUGGUGCAAGCAACAGUCCCUACCAUGUGUUUGUAGUCGACCGUAGAAGUGGAAACAUUCGUGUCACCCAAGUUCUUGACAGGGAAUUCAUCGAUUCCUACAAUCUGUCAGGUGUUGCUAGGUACAAGGAUGGCAGCCUUGCAGAGGAAAACGUUGACAUACGAUUCAAGGUUGAAGAUGUCAACGACAAAUCUCCAGUGUUUCAAGACAUCCAGACCGGGGCAGUGAAUGAGGGCAGUCCUGUAGGGACUACAGUUAUGAGAGUAGCUGCAACUGAUGCUGAUGAACCAUGGAGUAUGUACUCUCAGAUUGCCUAUUACAUCAUAGAUCAGACACCAGCUCAUGACAUGUUCAAGAUUAACAACGAUGGGACCAUCCGUGUCAAAAAAUCUAGCCUGGACAGAGAGAGCACAGAUCAGUACGUUCUGACGGUGAGAGGUCAAGACUUAAAUGGCGAACCAGGGGGAAACAUAGGAACCGGCACAGUUACCAUUAAUAUCCUGGACGUGAAUGUCAACGCCCCCACUCUGGAAAAAACCGAGUAUCAGGGCAGCAUUGAGGAGAACACAAAGGAUGUGGAGGUGAUGGGGGUCAAAACACAGGACCUGGACCUGAAGUACACAGACAACUGGGAAGCUGUGUUUGACAUUGUCCAAGGCAACGAGGCUGGGUACUUCAGCAUCGCUGUGAACUAUGAAGAUGUGAAGGACCUUAACCUAGGCAUAAUUGUGAAGAACAAGGCUCUGGGGCAGGUUCUGGAGCAGGUGGGGCAGGGGGAGCAGGUCAGGCAGGUGAAGCAGGUGGGGCAAGUGGAGCAAGUGAGGGAGGUGGGUCUGGAGGAUCAUCAUGACAUGCCUGCUAAAACAGCCACCGGUACAAUAGCCAUCCAGGUGAAAGAUGUUAAUAACAACUGCCCCGUCCUGACCGCUGACAUCCACACUAUGUGCACCACGGAUGAUUCGGUCAUUGUGAACGCUGAAGAUAAAGAUUCCUACCCAAACGGACCUCCUUUUGACUUUGUCAUUAUCCCAGAGGGCACUCAGGGCAAAUGGCAGGUGAAGCAAUUAAAUGACACUGCAGCUUCCCUGACUGCCCAGGAGUCCCUGUGGCCUGGAUUCUAUGAGGUGAAAUUUAUGGUGAGGAACAAGCAGGGAGAGGCCUGUCCAGACCCACAGAAAGUGACGGUCCAAGUCUGUACCUGUGGGGACGGGAUGGUGUGUGGAAAACAAGGCACCAACAAAGGAAAAGAGUUCGGACCUGCAGGCAUCGGACUGCUGUUCCUGGGUCUGCUGCUGUUACUACUACUUCUUCUGUUGCUGCUCUUCUGCCAAUGUGGGGGGGCUGGGGGCUUGCCAGGGGGCUUUACUGAGAUGCCUUUCGACACCAAAUCACACCUCAUUAACUGCCAGGGAGAGAACACGGAGGUGCCACUACUGAACAUGCCAACACAAAUGGAUGGAAAUAUGGUCAACGUGAAUAUGGGCAUGACUAACAAUACUUCAGCAAUGCCGCCCAUGGCAGGUCUGGAUUUCCAGAGAUCCGUUACUUCCAUGGAUGAGAUGAAUGGGCCCGGCUGUCAAGAAGGUUUUGCAAGUGGCCCAAGAGAAGGGGCAUGGGGGAUGAUGAACCAGCUGAACGGCAGUGGCUUCUACUCUGAGUUUGAGGGCAGAGAAUCAGGAGUAGGUGGAGGAAUGUAUGACAGCAUGGCUCAGCCAGACCCCUUCCUGGCACAGUACUACACUCAGGUGAGGAGUCAUUACAGCCCCUGACUAGCGCCACCAUGAAGUCAAAGUUUUCCCUUAUCCUUUUAAAUAUUGCAACAUCUAACAGAUAAAUUGGUACAAACAUUUGUACAGACCAACAAGUUUAACCCUUGGCGGUGUCAGGGCAAGGGUUAGGUAUGUUAUUUCAGGUAAAGUGCCUCUGUGGUAAUAUAACAAAACAUCCUCUGCCUAUUUGUCCCUCCACCAUCAGGGCAGUGUGAUACUUAACUGAGAUGCAUUUCUUGUCCUACAGACAAUUACAAUUCAGAAAUGGUUCAAAUGUGUCACUGUACAGAAGAUUGAUUGAUAACAUGUUUUUUAUACUCAUUAUGAAAGAUCACUUAAAGAGGUUGUAAUCAA